GGUCUUGACGACACUACUUGAAUCAUGUCAGACAUAAUCGUUCUUGCCGAAUGCAUUUAUCUAUUGCAGCCUUUUUGAACUCGGUCGCGGUUUUUAUAGCUUUUCGGGCACUGGAUGAUCAGGACUCUUCUAUCGCGUUUGUCUAUAUCAUCUUGAUUAUAGCCCUCGUCAUCUUUCGUCUGUCUCAGAACUGCUCGAUACUUGUGCUCGACCUGCCAUUGGUACGACUCGGCGAUGACUCUUGUCGGACCCGGAGGGGUCGGAGGCACUGUGCAGCUGGACAAUUUAUCGGCUUCUGCCUUGGGAGGACCUCCGCGUCCGCGGUCGAGUAGUGGCGCGGGAGCUGCGAAUCAUACCAAGAUGAAAUCCAUCCCACUCCGAUGAUUCCAAGGGGAGUGCACACAGUGCAUGAUGAGCUCCUUUUGCAGCCACGGGCGCAACUUUUGUAGCGUAAGCAUGAAAUGGUGAUGAAACCUCGUUCUGUGUCUCCAGUGGAACAACGCCCCCAGUGGUUCUGUUUCGCUCACAGAAUGGAGAACACACUUUUGAGGCGUGUCAGGGACUGAGGAAUGCGGUUGGCAAAAUGAUUCUAUGUCGAAGUCGACGUAUGUGUAGUUUGUUUCAUUCGUUUUGCUGAACAUUCAGUAUUAGUAUACAAGAGCAGGAGCAACAGUAGAGAUGUGCACUCUUCUUCGGGGCCUGAGGAAGAAUAUUGGAUUUUUUUCUGAUAAGCCAGCAUGCGUACUCGGGGGCUGCUGGCAGCGCGUCCAGCUCUGCGAUGCCGCAGUCGCCGCGGUUGUCGGAGAGCAGCAUGGGCACGCUCGGGAGCUCUAUCACAAAGAAAAGCGCAGCACCCUAACGAACCGCGAGACCAUUCAAUAAAAAUGAAGAUUUAUAAUUUGAUGUUUUGCAUUGCACUUUCGAAAAAAUUGCCAGAAUAGGGCAAGGAAAAGGAAAGAGCAACAACUGAUAGGCAAAGCUGAUCAUAGUGCGUAGUAUGGGUCGUGCGCUUUUCUGUUCGUUUUGGAUAGGCUCGAUGUACAAUCAAAACAUCGAGGUUUUGAUGGGGACCACGGGGCACCGGACCUCCGUCGGCGAGGAGAUGGAGCAGCACCUAAAGAUAAAGCUGCAGGCUAUGGUCGCCACGCGCUUCGAGGAUUACAUCGAAAUCGUUGAUACCGUGCAAAAUGAGCGGGAAGGUGUUGAUGAGUAUUCUUACUUCCUAAAACGAUUGUGCUGCUUCGCUGUCCUUAGAAGACUCCGCCGAACAGUAGAAGGCUGCAUGUGCUAAUAUAGCGUUUCGCAACAGUGCGACUCUGCGCCAGAUCUCUGUUUAAGUUGUACGGAAGAAGGAAUUUGGGCACGUCGUCUCCUUUUCAAAGCCGAAUGCAACAUAGUUCCAAAACUAAUACUCCAUAUCCACGAACUAACAGCUGGCAAGCUGCGGUAUCUGGACUGCAGAUUACUAACUUCGUGUCCGGCGAAGUCGGGGAUCAGCAUUUGCGUGCAGUCGGAGUCCCAAUUUUUGGUAUACGUGAACAACACGGCGCCGAGCAAGGUGGUGUCCUCCUCCUCGAAGACCACGCCCUUGGGCGAUCAUCCGGAGUCCACCGCUGGGGCCGACCCUUACCACCAGGCGGCCUCGAGUUCGUCCUCCCGGCCACCCAUCUCGCUUAAUAUGGACCACCAGCAGUACAACAACCCCCACGUCGGCCUCCGCGUGCCGUCACCCUCGCAGUCCCCCCCACUGCCGUUCAGCGGAGCGGCCUCCGGGUCCCUGUUCGCCGAGCACUCGCCACCCACUUCCACGGUGGGGGGGCUCGCGGCGGCCAGGUCGGGGUUCGCGGCUUCGACCAGUGGCGGCGAGUGGUCCGAGCAGGAAUGGUCCCCGCGUGAAGACGGGGACGGGGAGGAGUCGGCUUCUUCCUCCAGUUUCGUGCUCCGCGAGCUCGAGACCGCGCGGCGCUCGUCGGACCUGGGCAGCUCCGUGGACCGCAACAACUCGGACCCGCUGGCGGCACUGUCGCGCGAGCCGUCCCUCAGUGCGCAAAGCAAGCAUCAAGUUCUGGCCGCGGCAACGGAGCAGCCCUCGUCCAGUUCCAGUACGCCUGCAUUCGGACCCGCGACCCGAGUGCAGAUGCAGAGCACAACAACCGGACUGCAUCAAAGUGGCCAUGCGUCGAGAGCAGCAGACCUGCUUCAGCAGCACGCGCAUCUUGCUACGCAGCCGCACAAUAAUUCCGAUCAUGUGCUGCCUUCGGCCGCAGAAGCAGUGCUGUCGAGUAUGAAUCAUAAUCUUCAACACGCGCCGCGAAUGGAACAAUCCGAUGCAAAGUUUCCUUCAACCGCCACCGCGCCCGGGCUUGUAGCGGACAACUUCACGGACGCGGUGCAACUCCUGUCGCGCGAACCUUCGCCGCAGAAGAGCAGCUCCGCUUCUUCCAAUCCGCGCCCGCCUCCGGAACGCCUAUUACCGCUCGAGGAGGAGGAAGAUGAGGCGCUUCUUCAGCGGCGCAGCGCCUCGGCGGUAGCUUCGACCUCGCUGUUAACUACGAGCUCAAUGAAGAGUUCCGGGAGCAAUCACCACGCCGCGCGUACCUAUUCCUUGGACGUGAAUUUUUCGGCCGAGGGAAGCGACCGCGCCAAGAAAAGUGUGAACGAGUCGCCAUCGCACGUGCAUAAGUACCAUACUCCAUCAUAGACCUAGCAAUAGCGAAUCCUAGGCCGAACCUUUAUUUACCACAGCGUGUGUUUAUUCGCCCUUGUGAAGUUGCUACUCGGUGCAGGAUUGAUGAUGAUGAUGAUAAUGAUAAUACUCAAUUUGUUGGAGCGGAGUGAAAUUUUGGGGCUGUGCUUUUGUGUUAGUACUGGCUGAACUCCAAACUACCUUCCUCAGAACCGUGUCCGCCACGACAGUGCUAUCUUCCCGAUCGGCUGCAAGUGCCGCUAGUCCGAAGCUGUCUCCAUCGAAAGCGCGGCGGACGAGUCCAAGCAAGUUGAAGCAGGGUUUGCAAAGCUGGGCGGAAGAAGUCAACUCGUUCGGACAGAGUGGCUCCUGCGUGUCGCUGUCUGCCUUACUGGAGCAUGGAUACGUCGUGUGGAAGAAUCAUCUGAAAGGUACCAUUACUCAGGAGUAGAGUUUGUCUGCCCUCGUAGCACCGCACGACUGCUGGUUGUUGCGAUGUGGAACACUAAACCCUAAACGCGACUGACGACAGAAAACAUGAUGAUGUGUGUUCUCACGUAGACUAAAACUAGGUAAAUAAAUGUAUGAUACAUACUUAACGCAAGUUCUCAACCCUACCACAGAUGACCUGAUGCGGAGCCUGUCUUCUUCGAAAGGGAAGCGGCCUCUCGGCGCUUUCGGGUCGUACGUCGGAAACAGUAACCAGGGUAUCACGGCCGCCAGUCUGCACGACGAGGCACACCGCUGGUUCAACCAGGAGCAGUUCGAAAAGGCGGCGGCCUGCUGCGUGGAGGCGUUGCGAUGUGAACGCACACUAAAAGGGACCAACAUCAGCCUGUACAAGAACAUUCUGCGGUUGCGGGCAGAAGCGUACUUUCACUUGGAAAAGUACCAACUCUGCCUCAACGACGUCGAGGGGAAGCUGCUCGUGCUGGAGAAGACGGACGGCAUGCUGUACUACCGGCAAGCCAUGGCGCUCAAGUCGCUCGGCCGCGCCGAAAAGGCUUUAGAAGCGAUCAUGACUGCGAUGCACCACGAACCCCAAAACGUGUUACUGGAAGAGGUAAAAAUAAAUGAAUUUCUAUACCGGAUUAUACGUUAGCGAGUAAUUGCUAUUGCUUUGUCCUCCAUGACAGUCUGCACCCCUCUCCUGCAGCAAACGCAGAAAGCGAAUCACAUAUACAGUAUUUUGUGAUGUUGUCCCGUAUGUGAACAGAAUGCAACAGCAGCAUGAUUUAUUGCAGGCGUUCGCGUUGAUCUUUGAGGAAGCGUCCAACGUUAUCGCAAGCGGACGCCCAAAGCAAGACGAAACAAGGUCGCCCCGCACCCGGGGCCGGCAGCGUGGUCCUCCGCGGCUGUCGGCUGCGGCGCUAGAAACCUUGUCUUCCACGACGCAAGCGACCCGCCUGUCUUCGCAGUCAACCACACCCUCGCCGUCCAACUACUCGCGAAGCAGUUCUUUCUAUGACAGUGCACAACUCCCCCUACCCCUUAUUGGUUUGGCGGGCAUGAGUAGGGAGAGAAGCGCCAGCAAAGAAAGAUGCAGUUUAAACGUACCUUUAAGGCCUGUGGCUCGGUAGCACAGUCCCUCCGGUAAGCAUGCCAAAUCAGGGGGAGGAGGAAUUGUGCACUCCCAUACUGUCGACAAGGCACUCCUUGAGGAAAUGUGAGGACGAUUAGAGCAGGUAGCUCUCGAGAGCUACAUGUUCGCGCAACUAAUGUAGCUCAUAUGUGUUUUGUCUUCUGCCUCUGAGCACGUCAGCGCCGGUGCUCUGUGCGGGUAUCCUUUAUGUUGCGCCGUGCGAAAGAAGGAAGGUGCCACUUUUGAUCCACAUUUUAGUCACGGCGUCGUGAUGUUGGAGAAUCAAAACAUUAACAUGCCUAACUGGAAUGUUGAAUCUAGUCACUUUCAAAAAGGGCAUAGGG